ACGUGGCCGCCGCCUGUCCCCGCCGAGGAGGCGCAGCAGCCGGAGAUGGCGGCGGUCCUGAACGCAGAGCGACUCGAGGUCUCUGUGGACGGCCUCACGCUAAGCCCAGAUCCGGAAGAGCGGCCGGGCGCGGAGGGAGCUCUGCUGCUGCCGCCACCGUUGCCGCCGCCCUCGCCUCCGGGGUCCGGCCGGGGCCCGGGCGCUCCAGGGGAGCAGCAGGAGCCGGGGGAGGCGGUGGCUGGUGGUGUGGCGGAGGAGGCGCGGCGGCUAGAACUGCACUGGGGCUUUGGCUUGGAGGAGCUCUACGGCCUGGCGCUGCGCUUCUUCAAAGAAAAAGAUGGCAAAGCAUUUCAUCCAACUUACGAAGAAAAGCUGAAACUUGUGGCACUGCAUAAGCAGGUUCUUAUGGGUCCAUAUAAUCCAGAUACUUGUCCUGAGGUUGGAUUCUUUGAUGUGUUGGGGAAUGACAGGAGGAGAGAAUGGGCAGCCCUAGGAAACAUGUCUAAAGAAGAUGCCAUGGUAGAGUUUGUCAAGCUCCUAAACAGGUGUUGCCAUCUCUUUUCAACAUAUGUUGCAUCCCACAAAAUAGAGAAGGAUGAGCAAGAAAAAAAAAGAAAGGAAGAGGAGGAAAGAAGGCGGCAUGAAGAGGAAGAAAGAGAACGUCUGCAAAAGGAGGAAGAGAAACGUAAGAGAGAAGAAGAGGAAAGGCUUCGACGAGAGGAAGAGGAGAGGCGGCAAAUAGAAGAAGAGAGACUUCGAUUGGAGCAGCAAAAGCAGCAGAUAAUGGCAGCAUUAAACUCGCAGACUGCCGUGCAGUUCCAGCAGUAUGCAGCCCAACAGUAUCCAGGGAACUACGAACAACAGCAAAUUCUCAUCCGCCAGUUGCAGGAGCAGCACUAUCAGCAAUAUAUGCAGCAGUUGUAUCAAGUCCAGCUUGCACAGCAACAGGCAGCAUUACAGAAACAACAGGAAGUAGCAGUAGCCAGGGCUUCUUUGUCUACAUCAUCAAAAGUGAAUGCAACUGUACCAAGUGAUAUGGUGUCAGUUAAUGGACAAGCCAAAACCCACACUGACAGCUCUGAAAAAGAACUGGAACCAGAAGCUGCAGAAGCAGCCUUGGAGAAUGGACCAAAAGAAUCUCUUCCAGUAAUAGCAGCUCCAUCCAUGUGGACACGACCCCAGAUCAAAGACUUUAAAGAGAAGAUUCGGCAGGAUGCGGAUUCGGUGAUUACAGUGGGCCGAGGAGAAGUGGUCACUGUUCGAGUACCCACCCAUGAAGAAGGAUCAUACCUCUUUUGGGAGUUUGCUACAGACAAUUAUGACGUUGGGUUUGGGGUAUAUUUUGAAUGGACAGACUCUCCAAACACUGCUGUCAGCGUACAUGUCAGUGAAUCCAGCGAUGACGAAGAAGAGGAGGAAGAAAACAUCAGUAGUGAAGAGAAAGCUAAAAAGAAUGCCAACAAGCCUCUGCUGGAUGAGAUUGUGCCUGUGUACCGACGGGACUGUCAUGAAGAAGUGUAUGCUGGCAGCCACCAAUAUCCAGGGAGAGGAGUCUAUCUCCUCAAGUUUGACAACUCCUACUCUUUGUGGAGGUCAAAAUCAGUCUACUACAGAGUCUAUUAUACUAGAUAAAGAUGUUACAGAGUCUGGAGUCUAGGGUUGGGCAGAAGAUGGCAUUUAAUUUGGAAAUUUCUUUUGACUUUUGUGGAGCAUUGGAGUCAGCGUUUACUCUAUUGAUUUUGGUCUGAUGGUUUGCGAAUUCUUGUUGGGAAUGAGACUUUCUCUGAGACCCUUUAGCUUUAAUGCUUCAGGGUUAAAAAGGAUCCCUCAGACUCAUCUAGUCCUUGGGUGCUGACCAGCAGGGUCCCUAGUGGAUGCUGAAGUUAUAUGACUUACAUAUUAAAUCUCUGAAGUCUCCAAAAUAAAACAUCCCAACAUUGACCCCAUUUGGCUGAUGGUUCGUCCAUUGCUGCCUACUCUCCAUGUGUUUUGUGAGAGCCCGUAAUUACACUGCCCUCUAAUUUGAAAUCCUUAUGUUAAUAGGCUAUAUCAGACGCAGCUGACUUUGGUUGAAGGUCACCAUUUUUAAACCCCAAAAACUUAAGGCCUCACUGAUAUAAUAGAAAAAGUUGUCUCAAUUUGAUCUGGUUCUGAAUGACCCAGAUUGCUUUUGCUUUUGGUGCAGCUGUGUUUAGUUCAGAGUUGUAUGACAGAGAAUUAUUUUCUGAGAUAAUCUUAAACUAGAAUAUUCAAACCCGAUGGAGAAUUGACACAUCAGGAUACAUGGUUCACCUCAAAUGUUCUUUUCUGUGAGCCGCCACAAAUUGUCAGUCCUUUCAUCAGUGAAAUCUCCAGAUUACCAGUAGGAAAGCAAAAUUAAUUCAUUUCUUUUUUGAUUUGGCUUUAUUGAUUAUCUCAAAUUGAAACUGUUUUCUGCACAACCAGUUAAGGAUUUUGUAAACUCAAAUUGGCACCUACUGAAUUUAAAUAUUUUAAAUCAUUUAAGUAUAAUUUAGUGAUGGAGAGUAACAGUGCGCACUAAUACAGAAAUCACUGCCAGAGACAGUCCAUUCUCUUUUAAAUUGGUUACUACUUAGGCACAAACCCUUUAUGAUUCCAGUUUGGACUUAUUAGAAUUGGAAAUGCAUAUGCACAUGCUUAAAUUUUAUAGCUUUAAUCUGUAUUAUGUCUGUUGAUGGGAAGAGGUACAUCAUUGUUUUCGUCACUGAAAACAAAUAUGGAUUAAUUGCCUCAAAUUUGUAUAAGUGACUAGUUUAGAGAUUCUUGUUUUCAGAAGAGAGUGUGGUAUAGGUAGAAAAUGACAAAGAUGGCAAUAUACACUUAACGUUGUUACUAAUAUGUUACUGAAAUACUUAGAUUUUUAAAAUUUCAAAUCAUAAAUCACUUCUCAUAGAAGGAUUUCCAUUGAUUAGCUGCAGUAUAUACAGUUCACUACACAAGGGGCUGUUUGAAUUUCUUGUGUGCUGCAUUUCUUUUCUGUUUUUUAAUACUUGGUUUUGUACAUAUCUAACUCUGUUCUCUUUUGGUUGUUCAGAAACUGGAUUAUUUCUCCUAAGCAGUGCUUAAUUUGUGUUUUUUUAAUUUUGAUUCAGAAGUAUUCCCAGGUCAUAGGUGUCCUUACUAUUAAAUCCAGAACAUUUGUCAGGCUGUCAGCUCUCAUGUACAUAUGGUAUAGAAACCAUGGGGCUAGGCCCUUCCUGGCUUUUUUGUUUUAAAUGAGAAAAAUACUGUAUUUAAAAUGUAAAAUAAACUUUUAAAAAGCAGGCAUUAAUAUAUAUUUCUUCCAGGCUUUGAUUACAGAUUUUGUCCUUACACAUGUCAAGAUGAAUUAUCUUCUAAAAAUAUCCUUGUUUUGGGGAGCAGUGUAUGUUACCUUCCAUAGCAGCAGUCCCUGUCAUGUGUUCAUGUCAGAAAAUUUUUGGUUUUAAACUUUUUUAUUGCCUUUGGCUGUUGAUUAGUACAGUACAAGUGUGAUUUAAAAAAGAUCUUAAAAUAAUAUAUUUAAUCAAUUAAAAUGUUUAUCUGUAACUUGUUGAUGUUUCAUUAAUAUAGUUGCUUUCUGAAGCAUUGGCACUGUAUUUCAUCAUUUGGGUAGGAAAAGAAGAAAUGUUUUAAAUGACCCUUUCUCAUUUAAAAAAGGUCUAGUUAAAAAACAACGAACUAUUUAAUCUCUCACUGAUUUAGUUUGUACCGUGAAUUACCCUAAUGCUUAAAAUAGAUUUAAAAAUUUUCAGACUUCUUGAUGUAAUGGAAAGCACUGACUUCUUAAUGAAAGUGACUUGUUAUAAAUUGUUUCCCCUAUACAACCAUGUGUAUAGCUUGUUCCUUGAAGUGCAUGGAGGUGUCCAAAAUAGCUCCUGAACAGCAGCACAUAUUCAGUAGAUGAUUGCAAAGCAGCACCCCAUUCAAUGUUGAUUGGAGUGCCAGAAGCUAUUCUUUCGAAAAUUAUCCCACUGAAAAAUGCAGGGUGACUUGGAUAUUAAAAAAAAAAUUUUUUUUUUGUAAUUUUGAGUAAAAGUGAGGUGAUCAUCUUGGUAUUUUUGCUGAGUAGGUUACCAUGAAGCCAGUCUGGAGAAAAUUAAGGAGAGCUGUUGAUGUAUGAGCACCUCUUGGAAACCAUGCUGCUGAGUCUUGAUCAUCUGUUUUAUGGAAGAGGAGAAGCAAUCAAUUAAAAAUAAUAAAUGAUUGCUAAUAAUUCAUGAUUGCUAAUAAUUCACUGGGGCUUAGAGUGCAACAGUCAACUUCCAAAAUCGUCUUUGCAUCUGUCCCCAGCUUUUUCUCAAUUCAAUUCUGUCAGCAACCUAAAAAAGUGUACAUGUAUAUGUGCCUGGGUUAGAGCAAAUCUUAACUUUAUUUCUAUUCAUUGACUUUUCAAAAUGUGUGGGAAUCGGUAUUGGACCUUUAUCCACAUAUAUGAGUUUAGGAUUCUUCAGUUUUCUUACUGAAAAUUUUUCAAGAACAAGUUGAUUAUUGUCCUUCAAGGCCCUUAUUUUUAAUAUGUUGCAUUAUUUCAAGUGCUUAUUAUUUUGUAACUCCCUUUUAUAGUUGGCACGCCACUUGCAAGUUGUGACUUGUUUAGGGCACUUAAUCCAGAACCAGGAAACUAUAAACGGCUGACUUUUUCAGAAUUGACUCUGGCAUUUGAACUCAGGCAGUCAGACAUGGGGUAAAAGUAUAAAUGGGAGCAGUUAACUCAUUUCUGGUAGCUGUAGUGAAAGCUUGUAUCUGAGUGCUGAGUUAACUCAAUGAUGAACUGUUGACUUGCAGGUCUGUGUCUGAAAAGAACACCUACAAACUGGAUUACAAAUGCUGAUUUUUUUUUUUUAACCUUUCCUUAAUGGCAUUUCCCUACAAAUUAGCAUUUUUUACUCUUAUCCAAGAACAUCAAUUUAAAUAUCUCCAGUUGUAAAUGGCAUACCCUUUUCUAGCAUGGCAGAGUAUGUAAAUGUACGUGUGUUUUUCAUAAGGUCUAUAUUUUGUAACUUUUUUUAUUCUAGGUUGUGUCUUGGAGAACUUUUCCUAUUAGUAAUAUAGAUCUACUGUGUUCUUUUAAUCUUGAGUUCUUCCAUAGAAUAGCAGUUUGGUCACUUUUCUGUUAUUGGGCAUUAGGUUACUUCUGAUUUUUUUUUUUUUACAAGUGGUGGUGUUCCAGUGAACAUCCUUUUAUGUGUCUCUCUGCAGAUCUGCCUGAGAUUUUUUCAAAGGUAGAUAUUGAGAAGUGGAAUUGCUGGAUCAUAAGUUCUGUGCAUUUUUUAUUUUACUAGGCACUGCUAAAUUAUCCUCCAGAAUGGCUGGACUAACUUCUACAUUCCCACCAGUAGUCUAUGAGAAAACUGCUUUUUUCCCCAUCAACCCCUUGAUGUUAUCAGACUUAAAUAUUGGGUAAAAAAAAAAAAAAGAAACUUCAUUUUUGCAUGUGUUUCCUUGAAAA